CUAUUCCUCCCACUGACACCAAUGACACCCAAUGAUGGUGUGCUAUUCCUCCCACUGACACCAAUGAUGGGGUGCUAUUCCUCCCACUGCACCAAUGAUGGGACACUAUUCCUCCCACUGACACCAAUGAUGGACACUAUUCCUCCCACUGACACGAAUGAUGGGGCACUAUUCCUCCCACUGACACCAAUGAUGGGGCACUAUUCCUCCCACUGACUAAUGAUGGGGCACUAUUCCUCCCACUGACUAAUGAUGGGGCACUAUUCCUCCCACUGACUAAUGAUGGGGCACUAUUUCUUACACACUGGCACUAAUGAUGGGGCACCAUCAUUGGUGUCAGUGGGAGGAAUAGUGUCCCAUCAUUGGUAUCAGUGGGAGGAAUAUGGGAGCAGUACUGCCUCAUCAUUGGUAUCAGUG